CACUAUGGGAAACACAAUGUCCAUGCAAAGGGAACCUGAAGACGACGAACCUGUUCACAUAACAGCAUAUUCAGAGGUUUCAUCUGAACCUCCUGAAAACCUUAAGAAUGGACCUGUCACAAUCCCGACUGUACAGACUGUUCCUUCUGCAAAUGGUGAUGCAGUGGAUGCAAGAGUGAGUGUUGUCCAGGAUAAUGUGGCCGUUUCUUCCCAGAAGACAAUGGAGCUCAGCUCCAGCUCCGAGGCCAGUGGAAAUAAUCUUGGGAAGGAGGCCAAGGCGGCCCCACCAGCUGCCAAAUCUCGUUUUGUCUUUGCAUUUUCACGGCCUGUACCAGGACGUACCGAAGAGAAAGCAGCAAAUGCAUCGGCUGGAUCGGCUCAGCUUGAUGUCAGCUCAGAAGCACCCCAAGCGAACAAAGCCUUGAGUGAGAAUGUGGACCUUCCUGCUGCAGCUGCGACAGAGGAAGCUUCAGAUAAAAACCUAAGGGAAGAAUCUCUCAGUGAAAUUGAACUCACAGCACCGGGGAAGGCAGAGGAGGAGGAUGCCGCUUUGUCCAAGCCCAAAGAGAUAAGCUUUUUCGACAGACUCUUCAAAGUGGAAAGGGGGAAAGACAAGAUCAAAGCACAAGACCAAAGCCAAGGGGAGGUGAAGGAAGAGAAUCCAGGUGUCAUCAUCACAGCAGAAGGAACUGCAGGAUUACAAAGCACGCCAGAGAAUGUCUUGCAGGGGAAGGACGUAAUAGAUGAGUGCAAUCAAAACUCUCUGCAGACGGAUUCAGCAGGUGUCAAUUGCUUGGCUGCUGAGGAUCUUGCUCAAGGAGACGUAAAGCCGGAGAACGUUAAGACAGCAGCAGCUGGGACAGACUAUAACAACUCUGACUCUGUCAUCAUGAGUUUCUUUAAAACCUUGGUAUCUCCAAGCAAAGCAGAUUCCAAGGGUGACACUGAGGACAAGGGAUCUCAAACAGGCCUUGGCGGGCAGCUUUCUGAGAAGACGGCGGCUGAUUCCCAUGUGAAAGGCACCAAGAAAAAGAAGCCAGACAGCCCCAGAUUAGGACACAGUACAUUUAGCAAACUGUUUAGGCAUAAGGCAAAGAAAGAUGCCGAGCAGGCAGCAAAUACCAAAAUUGCUGAGCAGCCUGUAAUCACUGCUACCGUGGCAUCGGAAGCAAACGUCGCUCCACCACAGGAGAGUCCAGCCGCAAAGCAGAACACAAGGGCUCCUGACGCUCCUGCACCACAACCAGCCACAGCGACAGUGAUUGUCACCAACGAAACUCCAAAAGAAAUAAUAAUAACAAAGGAGAGAUCUUCUUCUACUCCUACACCCCUAAGUAAAUUCUUUCGAAAAAAGACUCCAACAGAUGACAUCGAGGUGAUAAACACGGAGAGGAUCGAAGCAUCUCCCCAAGCCCCAGCUAAAGUCGAAAGCAGAAGUCAGGAAGCAGCGGAAGUAAAGUCCAAAGCAGUGGAAGAGAAGCCCAGCAAAACUAAGGAUCUGAGGAAAUUAUUUAAAUUGCCAGUCAGAGGUGACGCAGUAGUAGUUGCUCCAGAAGAGGUAAAUGGGCAAGCCCCUGAUGCCCAAACACUGGACUUCAAAGACAGGCCCUUGACCCAGGCUGAGAACAGAGAACCUGUGGCUGCGAGGAGCCAAGAGAGUUCAACAGAGAACCAGCAAGGAAACAAACAGGAAGCCAAAGACCAGCCAGACUCCACAGAGCAACAAACAGCCGAGACAGACUCCCUUCAGAACGGAGGGGAAGCUGCGAAGGAAAACACUGUGAAGAGGAUAGAGAAGAGACAGUCAUUCGGAGGGUUUUUUAAGGGCCUUAGCCCCAAACGGAUGUCCGAUGCCGAAGUACAAACAGAUCCAGUAUCAAUUGUGCCUUUUGUGAAACCCAAGUAAUGAAUACACCGAACCAAAUGACAGAUCGUUGGAUCUCCGCCAUCAUUUCCCCUCACCCAUGCAGUGUAAAAAAGGAGACUUGCUUUGGUUCAUUUUUCUUCCCUUCCACCCCCUUGCUUCAUAUGGUUGUUGUGCUAGGCUCAAGCAAAGACUGGUGUACAUUCUGGAUUUCUUCAGCAAGUUUUCUUCAAAUAGGCUAACUUAAAGGUCACAGAAAAGCAAUGGAGAAACUCUUAGAGUUGAGGAGAGCUCAGCUGCUGGGAAGGUUAAUGGGAAAGGAAAAGAAUAGAGAGUCGUGUCAGUCCAAGAAGUAGGGAGAGCGAUAUUGACUAUGGCCACCAACAUGAAAAUCCUCACGGCAUAAAAGCUCACCAUUCUUAGGGCAAAGCCAGAUGUUACUUUAAUAGCUCUAUUAUCAACCACAUCUGUGUAUGUGUGCAUUUUAAAAUUGAAUACCAGGGGCAUGUGGGGAGGGGAGGUUUAUCCCUCCUCCCCAGCUUCGAUGCUGAUUAAAAUUAACCAAAGCGAGCGUCUUCUUCCCACUCUAUCAAAGCUAAUUGCUGUUAGUGGAGGGCAAUUUUUGUCAGGAUUGCAUCUGGGAAGAGAAUUGUUAAGGUUCCCUUUCCUUCAUGCUGCAGUCCCUAUGAAAAUUGGGGAGGCAGGGAAAAGCAUGUGCCUGGUCUUGAUUUUUUCAAAACAAGAUGUGGUUGCUAAUUAGAGCAUUAAAGUAAUGCUUGGUUUUGACUGGAGACCUCUGCUCCCAAAUCUGGCCCUGUCAUGCCAUCUUAUGGCAGGGUCCGUCCCCCCCCCCCAUACUCUGUCUCUGGGCAGCCUCACUGAACCAAGACAUACGUCUCUGAUGACCAGAUCUUAAUGUGCAUGCCUUUGUCCAGGGCUGAGCCCAGCAUAUUGAUCCACUUCACAUCCCCUGCAAGGGGAAAGCAAAAUUAUGAGAGUCUCUUAUUACCCCCAGCUGCAGUAAACAUGUUGGGCAGUUUAUUAGAGCUGCCAAAUUUAGUGCACCCAGUUAGCAUAUUCAUAAUUUGUAUCUUCAUUGCUUUUUUCUUUACACAAUAUGCAGAUUGUGUUUCCCUGGUUUGCAGGCUGAUUACAGCCCUAACGGUUCUUUAUCCCAAGCCUGUAUUCCAAGCUCUCCCUGCAUGUGUACAUAUGCAGAUAAGGUCUACUUGUAUGUGUACCUAUGUGUACCUAUGUGCAGAUGUCUACUUGUUAACAAUCUUUACAGCACAUCAUACCAUUUUAAUCUGGACUGAUUAGCAUAACAGUGAGCACGCAGCAGUGUUGCAGUCAAGUGGUGUAGAAUCCUUCCUUGUCAUAAGUGUGGAGAAUAGCACAGACUAAGUUGGUCAGGGAGAUGGUGUUCAAAGCACAAUGUUUGCGUUAGCCAGCAAAACUGCAACCUGAAGAUUCAUAUCUUCCCACUUGCCUAUCUCUGAACAUGGGGAAGUUAUCUUAUACUGUGUGAGACCAUUCAGCAUUGCCUCCUCUAAAUGGUCAUAGCCCUCUAAGAUCUCAGGUCUUUCCCAUCCCAAUAUGUGAGAUUGAAUCUGUCACCUACAAUAUUGCAAAGUAUGAGUUCUCUCACUAUGCUGUUGUUCCUUUCGAUUGCCUGUGGCUACUCUAGGAAUCAAAAUCAGUUUCAGUUGGGAGUUUUGUAGAUGUACGGUCAGGUGAGAUAGACAGCCUUUUAAGAGGAGGCUGUCUUCUUACACCUCUCUGUAACCUGGUGCAGAUAUAAUGGGCAUGGUUAGCAUUUGUUGCUAACCCUGAUUCUAUCCUUUGCAGUGAAAAGAUCUAGUUUUCCUAGUUAUGCUCUAUAAACAGAGAAUAGUUCCGUUCAGUUAAUCAUUCUCAGCUUCAUAAAUAUGUGGUUUCAUAACCUGUGGCUUAUGAAGCCUGAAACAAUUGUCCAAUGUAUAUAGGGAGAACUUGUUGCCUUAACCGUGGUUUGGUCAUUACAGAUGCAGUACAUAACCACAGCUAAUGCAAACUAUGGUUUGCAAACACACUUCAGUCCAUAGUUUCCCACCCUAUUUUCCAGGCAACUCUUAAUGAUCAUCUAAUUAAUCAGAUGCAGUGCUUAAGCAUGGUUAAGAAAGUAAACCACAGUUAAGUGUUAUGUCUGCAUAGGGUAAUGUGGAAGAUGGAAUGAUUAUUCUAACAAAGUAAGAAAACAUUCUAAGCCUGCAAUUCUAAACAAAAUACAAUUACUCAGAAGUAAGAUUUAUUGAACAGUAAACAUUGCAUUGGGUUGCACAGCGUAAUAAGGGUCCUGUUUAAAAUAAUUAUAGUUAGAUGGAGGUGAUAAGAAGGAUUCUGUUUUUGUGGCAAAAUUAUGUGGAGGGUGGAAGAAUAAGUAUAAAGCUUUUAGAAUCAUCAUUUGAUAAAUUGAACAUUGACAAGAUUUUUUUUUUAAAAAAAAGUUUGUGGUUAUAAGUGCCAAGGUCAUAUAACUCAACUUUUAAGAGUGUGCUUCAAAUUGAUUUUCAAGUUAUUAAUAUUGAAAAGGCUGAAAUGUACAGGACUUCUAACUCAUUCUCAUCUAUUUUCUUCCUUGAUGUAAUAAAAUGGGGGGAAAUUAGCUUUUGAAAAGAAAGUGAUUAAAGUAUUAACAAAAAUGCAGCACAAUGGAGCCCUUUAUAUCACUAACUCAAAGGAUGUAUUUACUUUUGUUAUUAAUUUUUUUCUUAUCAUUAAAGAAAAACACUUCAGUUUUACAGAAACGUUUUUAGUUUAUGCCUGUAACUAAACUUAAUUCCUUAAAUGAAAACUAUACCAGAUUAUAAGACUGAACAAAAUUUUGCCUGCUUCAAAAAGAUCAUAUGAGAUGCAAGUUUAAUAGUGUUCAUGGAAAAUUCAGAUAUGUGUGUUAUUGUAAAAGCAAGGAAGAAUAAGACUAAUAAUAUAAACUAGCACCUGAAUUCUAAAUAGUUGUAUAUUUUGAUUUUCUUCUGAUUCAAUAAACAUUCCUGAAGAGAA